UCGCCCCCGCGCAGGCGUCUUUCUGGCCAGUCGCGCGUGGGCUGAGGCCCUGGGCGGGCGUUGCGAAGACUUGUUUGCUUGAGUUUGGACCCUGCGACAGUUCUCAUUUCCCUCUCAGUGGAGCGGGCGCGCACCCGGGUUAGGCGAAUGGGUAGCUAGACGCAUAGGCUGGGGAGCGUGGGGGCUGCGGCCAUGAACUCGCCCGUGGACCCCGGCGCUCGGCAGGCGCUGAGGAAGAAGCCGCCGGAGCGGACUCCAGAGGACUUAAAUACUAUUUAUUCUUACCUCCAUGGAAUGGAAAUACUAUCAAACCUCAGGGAGCAUCAGCUCAGGUUACUGUCUACAAGAGCACGCUAUGAAAGAUACAAUGGCAAUCAUGUGCUUUUCUGUUCAGAAACUAUUGCCAGAUGUUGGUAUAUCCUGCUUUCUGGAUCUGUCCUUAUAAAAGACUCCAUGGUCCUUCCUCCCUGUAGUUUUGGUAAGCAGUUUGGAGGAAAAAGAGGAUGUGAUUGUCUUGUAUUAGAGCCUUCAGAAAUGAUUGUGGUAGAGAAUUCCAAAGAUAAUGAAGAUAUUUUACAAAGAGAAAUUCCUGCCAGACAAUCUCGACGAAGGUUCCGGAAAAUUAACUAUAAAGGAGAGCGUCAAACCAUAACUGAUGGGGUGGAUGUUGAUAACUACUUUUUGCUUCCAGCUGAUCUUACCAAGAUGCACCUCACAGACAACCCUCAUCCACAGGUGACUCAUGUGUCUUCUAGUCAGUCUGGCUGUAGCAUUGCCAGUGACUCUGGGAGCAGCAGUUUAUCCGAUAUCUAUCAGGCUACAGAGAGUGAAGUAGGAGAUGUAGAUUUAACCCGCCUUCCAGAAGGACCUGUUGAUUCUGAGGAUGAAGAAGAAGAGGAAGAAGAGAUUGACCGAACAGAUCCACUGCAGGGUCGAGAUCUUGUUCGAGAGUGUCUUGAAAAGGAACCUGCAGACAAAACUGAUGAUGAUGUUGAACAGUUACUUGAGUUCAUGCACCAGCUACCAGCCUUUGCGAACAUGACCAUGUCUGUACGGAGAGAGCUCUGCUCCGUCAUGAUUUUUGAAGUAGUGGAACAGGCUGGGGCUGUCAUUCUUGAAGAUGGACAAGAGCUUGACUCAUGGUAUGUCAUUUUAAAUGGCACUGUAGAAAUUAGUCAUCCAGAUGGGAAAAUUGAAAAUCUCUUCAUGGGAAAUAGUUUUGGAAUUGUCCCCACUCUGGAUAAGCAGUACAUGCAUGGAGUUGUCAGGACCAAAGUCGAUGAUUGUCAGUUUGUCUGCAUAGCCCAACAGGAUUAUUGGAGAAUUUUAAAUCAUGUGGAAAAAAAUACCCAUAAAGUUGAGGAAGAAGGAGAAAUUGUCAUGGUACAUGAGCAUCGUGAGCUAGACCGGAGCGGAACCAGAAAAGGGCACAUUGUAAUCAAGGCAACACCCGAGCGUCUCAUCAUGCAUUUGAUAGAAGAACAUUCUAUUGUGGACCCAACAUAUAUAGAAGAUUUCCUAUUAACUUAUAGAACAUUUCUUGAAAGUCCUUUGGAUGUUGGGAUCAAGCUUUUGGAAUGGUUUCAGAUUGACAGCCUAAGGGAUAAGGUGACGCGGAUUGUACUUUUGUGGGUAAAUAAUCAUUUUAAUGAUUUUGAAGGUGAUCCUGCUAUGACUCGAUUUCUAGAAGAAUUUGAAAAAAAUCUAGAAGAUACAAAAAUGAAUGGUCACCUCAGGCUAUUGAAUAUUGCCUGUGCUGCAAAGGCUAAGUGGAGGCAAGUCGUGCUGCAGAAGGCGUCCCGUGAGUCCCCACUACACUUCAGUCUUAAUGGAGGCAGUGAGAAGGGAUUUGGUGUCUUUGUAGAAGGAGUGGAACCUGGUAGCAAAGCUGCUGAUGCAGGACUGAAACGGGGUGAUCAGAUAAUGGAAGUCAAUGGACAAAACUUUGAGAAUAUUACAUUUGUUAAAGCCCUUGAAAUUUUGAGGAAUAAUACUCAUCUUGCACUUACUGUAAAGACCAACAUUUUUGUGUUCAAAGAGUUGCUCAGUAGGACUGAACAAGAGAAAUCCGGUGUUCCUCAUAUUCCCAAAAUUGCUGAAAAAAAAAGUAAUCGCCAUUCAAUACAAGAUGUCCCAGGAGAUAUUGAACAGGCACCACAGGAGAAAGGAAAUAAGAAAAUUAAAGCAAAUACUGUUUCGGGUGGAAGAAACAAAAUCAGGAAAAUUCUGGAUAAAACACGAUUUAGUAUCUUGCCUCCAAAAUUAUUUAGUGAUGGAGGCCUGAGCCAGUCACAAGAUGACAGCAUUGUGGGAACCAGGCACUGUAGGCACAGCCUGGCUAUAAUGCCAAUUCCUGGAACGCUCUCAUCCAGCAGCCCAGAUCUCUUGCAGCCUACCACCAGCAUGCUGGACUUUUCCAAUCCUUCAGAUAUUCCUGAUCAAGUUAUAAGAGUUUUCAAAGCAGAUCAACAAAGUUGCUACAUUAUCAUCAGUAAAGAUACCACAGCUAAAGAAGUGGUCUGCCAAGCUGUUCAGGAAUUUGGUUUGACUGGUGCAUCUGACACAUACUCUCUCUGUGAAGUUUCUGUUACUCCUGAGGGUGUCAUAAAGCAGAGAAGACUUCCGGACCAGUUCUCCAAAUUAGCUGAUAGAAUUCAACUCAAUGGAAGGUAUUACCUAAAAAAUAACAUGGAAACAGAAACAUUGUGUUCUGAUGAAGAUGCCCAAGAACUGCUUAAGGAAAGCCAGCUAUCCAUGCUGCAGCUCAGCACCAUUGAGGUUGCCACGCAGCUGUCAAUGAGGGACUUUGAUUUGUUUCGUAAUAUUGAGCCUACUGAAUACAUUGAUGAUCUUUUUAAAUUAGACUCCAAAACAGGAAAUACUCACUUGAAACAGUUUGAAGACAUUGUAAACCAAGAGACAUUCUGGGUUGCCUCAGAGAUUUUAAGUGAAUCAAAUCAACUCAAAAGAAUGAAGAUUAUUAAACAUUUUAUUAAAAUUGCCCUUCAUUGCCGAGAGUGCAAGAACUUCAAUUCCAUGUUUGCAAUAAUAAGUGGCCUGAACCUCGCACCCGUAGCACGGCUUAGAGGCACUUGGGAAAAGCUACCAAGCAAAUAUGAGAAACAUCUCCAAGAUCUCCAAGACCUUUUUGAUCCAUCUAGAAACAUGGCAAAAUACAGAAAUAUUCUUAGUAGUCAAAGCAUGCAGCCUCCAAUUAUCCCACUCUUCCCAGUUGUCAAGAAAGAUAUGACAUUUCUCCAUGAAGGAAAUGACUCCAAAGUAGAUGGCUUAGUAAACUUCGAGAAGCUAAGAAUGAUUGCCAAGGAAAUCCGUCAUAUUGUUCGAAUGACUUCUGCUAACAUGGACCCUGCCAUGAUGUUCCGACAGAGGAAGAAGAGGUGGCGGAGUCUGGGGUCACUGAGUCAAGGCAGCACAAAUUCCAACAUGCUAGAUGUUCAGGGAGGUGCUCACAAAAAAAGAGCGCGCCGUAGCUCACUGCUGAAUGCCAAGAAGCUGUAUGAAGAUGCCCAAAUGGCAAGGAAAGUGAAACAGUAUCUUUCUAGUCUGGACAUAGACACCGAUGAGGAGAAGUUCCAGAUGAUGUCAGUGCAGUGGGAGCCUGCAUAUGGUACCUUGACAAAGAACUUAACUGAAAAAAGGUCAGCCAAGUCAUCUGAAAUGUCUCCUGUGCCUUUGAGGUCAGUUGGCCAAACAGCUAAAGUCCACCUGCAUCAGCCACACAGAGUGAGCCAGGUGCUUCAGGUGCCAGCAGUUAACUUGCACCCCAUCAGGAAGAAAGGACAAGCCAAAGACCAUAUACUGAGUACAAGCUUACCUCAGAAAGGCUUGGGAACAACUGAGGAAGUGAGUGGUAAGAGACACACAGAAGACACUAUUUCUGUGGCAUCCUCUCUGCAUUCUAGCCCUCCCGCAUCUCCUCAGAGCUCCCCUCGCAAAGGUUAUACCCUCAUGCCAUCAGCUAAAUGUGACAACUUGUCUGACUCCAGCCACAGUGAAAUCUCCUCUCGGUCCAGCAUUGUGAGCAACUGCUCUGUUGACUCCAUGUCUGCAGCUGCACAGGAUGAACGCUGUUCUGCCCACACCCUAGCAGUUCCUGAGCCCACAGGGGCAUUGGAAAAGACAGAUCACCCUUCAGGGAUCACAGACCACAGUCAGCUUGCUCACGGGUGGAUGCUGUCAAAGCCGUCUCUUAUCAAGGGUAUAGCCGUCUCAUCUUCCCUGAGCAGUGAGGAGAUGUCUCAUGAGCACGUUGUGCUAGAAGCAGCGGACAGUGGUCGUGGCAGCUGGACAUCCUGUUCCAGCAGCUCCCAUGACAACUUCCAAAGCCUUCCAAACCCAAAAGGCUGGGACUCUCUGAACUCUUACAGACACACGCAUUUAGAUGACCCUAUUGCCGAAGUUGAGCCCACUGACGGUGAGCCCUGUGCCUGCCCUAAGGGCUGCUCAAGAACUUGUGGCCAGUGCAGAGGCAGCCAGCUAAGGCAGAGUUGGGCCUCCUCCAGCCCACUCUCUGACACAUGGGAACCAAACUAUGGGACAAUUAAGCGGAGAGUAGUGGAAGGUCCAGCCCCGGCAGAGGUGCCUGAUGGGCUGGAGCUUAGGGACACCACUGACCCUGUUUAUAAAACUGUCACUUCCAGUACAGACAAGGGCUUGAUUGUGUACUGUGUCACCUCACCCAAGAAAGGUGAUAGGUAUAGGGAGCCACCUCCCACUCCUCCAGGAUAUCUGGGAAUUUCUUUAGCGGACCUAAAGGAAGGACCCCACCCGCAUCUAAAACCUCCAGACUAUAGCGUGGCAGUGCAGAGGUCAAAGAUGAUGUUUAACAGCCUGUCUAGACUGACGUCAGCUCCUCCCAGUAGCCACACCUCGACCUGGGUUCCCUCGAAGAUUGGAUCCCAGCCUCACAGGCAUAGUUUGCAGCCGUCCCAUCCCACACUAGCAGAUGUGGCGGAUGCAGAUAGCGAAGCAGAUGAAAAUGAACAAGUGUCAGCAGUGUAGCCUUUGGAUAGCACAUUGGAUACCACUGGAAGCCAGGAACAUGGACAAGAGCUCGUGGUUCUGCAGGUCAAGGCCAACAGCUCACUGCUGCCACUAACCCUGAUGUGUUCUCGCUGGCUCUGAAGAUGAGCUCUUCCUUUUGUUCUGUUCCUGUAGGUGCAGUGUCCUUAGCUGGAUGUCACACCUGAUCCUAGCCUACACUUUGCACAUCACUCCCGCCUUGGGACCACAUUCAAGCUCAGAAUUGUUCCCCCGAUAUCACUAUAGGUUUUUCUUUUUUUCAAAUCAUUUUAAAGAUAGUGGUAUUAUAAUUAUUUCCAAGCCAUAGCUUGGGCUAAAGGACACAUUCAAAAUGUCUGCCAAUACCAAGGAUAGUCUUGUGUAUUUGAAAAGUAACUUAUUAUUUGAAGUAUUGUUGUUUUGUUUGUAUUCAAGAGCUCUUGUUAGCUGUUGUUUGUUUGAGUCUAUAAAGCUGUGUGUGGUAUAAGCAGCAGGCAUCAUCCUGACACAGGUACAGAGAUGUAGCAGCAUUGUAGUGGACACUCAGGUGAACUAAACACCUGUGCAGGUAAAGUGUGAGCACCCUGCUUACCGUCAUGUGGGCUGCGGCAGCCACGGGGGUCUGGGUGAUCUUGUGGAAAGGGGAGCAGAGAGGGAAUAGGAAGGGAAAACCCUGAUUUCCAAAAUAGAAAAGGUUAACAUUGAACUUGUUUCUGAAAUGAACUUCAUGCUGCACCCAAUUGUGAGGGUACUACAGACCCACUGGAAAUGGAUUCUAGAGAGUUGUGUUUCUAUAGAAACCCUAAGCUAACAUUCCACAACUCAAGUGUGGAAUUCAUAGUUUAAAUACAUUUAUAUUGAAGGAGGUGGAGAGAUGGCUCAGUGCUUAAAAUGCUCUUGCAGAGGGCCUCUUUAAUUUCUAGCACUCAGCAAGGCAGUGGUGGCGCACGCCUUUAAUCCCAACACUCGGGAGGCAGAGGCAGG